AUGGGUAUGCUCUUGGCAUCAGCGACUCAGCAGCCCGAAAAUGCCAGUAUGAUUAUCGUCGAGAAUGCGAACAACGUCAAGACGCUCUCGAGUAGUUUCCGACGGUCAUCCCACCCACUGCCUAAUUCCUUGGGGUUUGCUGGCUUGCUGAGAAGAAGGUCUCGAAGACCAGCAUCGAAGGCCCGAAAUCCCUCGUAA